CAGAAAAAAAAAAAGCCCUUCCAGCCCCCAAGGACUGGGUUUGAAUUGAAUUGCUUUCGUCUGGAGUGGCAGUGAUUCAGCCACUCAGCAGCAGCAGUGACAGAGACAGGACUCACACGCGCUCUCCACAAACACGGGAAUGAAUCAGACGCAUUUUGAGAGGAGAGGCAGGCUGCCUGUUCAGAAGCACCAUCCCACCCAUCAGGAGUAGCACCCAAAAUAAGGAUCCCAGAAAUUCCAUACAAACAAGGACAUGAAAAAUGAAGCCCGUGCUGUGGAGUCAUGAUCUGGACCCAGGGAGAAAUGGAAGAAGCCCUCAAUAAAAAAAAAGUUGCUGGCCUUUGGACUAGAAGUUACACUUUCAGCUCUCCCAGGUCUCCAGCUCACAAACCACAGAUCUUAGGACUUCUCAGCCUCUGUAAUCAGGAAAGAGAAGAGACUUUUCUCCUGGCCGAGAUAAAAGAUACACGAGCCACUCGGGAAAUGUGGGCAGCCCGGCAGAGUCAAGUUCCUGAGCAGGAAGAUAAGAUGGAGAAAGAAACCCAAAGAGAAGAUAUAUAUUCUGAUCUCUCAAGGAUACAGCAAUCUUUAGUACAUUUUUUUUCAAUUUUUUCAAAGUCAGAUAGCACAAUACUGCCAUUGUCACUGUCAUCAUCCAAUGAAAUUCCUCUCAGUUGCUAUCUGUCUAGUCUUCAGACUAGUGGAGUAACUAUAUCAACAAUUGCACCAAAGUCUUCUAAAUCAACUUCAGUGAGCCAUUUCCAAUCAGAAAGCAGCAUGGCCACCGGUGUCACAGUUGCAAAGAAAAAGACUCUGUCGUCCCUUGGUUCUGAGCCAGCCAUGAUUGGGGAAGGAGAGGAUUAUUUCCUAUCUUUAUUUGGUGAUUCAAAGAAACCUGUUACACACUCAUUUCAGACCAAGAAAAAUUGGAAGCACUUUUCUAUGAUUCUUGAAGAAGUAGGCCAAUUUAGAUCCAGUGCUUUUGGAGACAUCAAAAUAGCUGAAGUGAAGGGUUUAUUUGUGAAGCUCAUUAACUCUUCCCUUGAUAAAGAACUGGAGAUUGGAAAUUAUAUUCUCCAGCAAAAUGUGAAUGGACAAAGAGUCUCUCUGUUCCGAUUCCCUCCGAAUGUCACAAUGCAGGCCAGUUCCACAGUAACGGUCUGGGCAGCAGCCUCUGAAGCAAAGCACCAGCCACCAACAGAUUUUCUUUGGAAGGAAAACAAGUUCAGAACAAGCCCAGUUUGUACAACAAUCCUGUGCACACCUAACGGUGAGGCCAUAGCCUGGUGCACUCCUGUUCACUGGAAGCAAGCAUGGGAGAAAUUAGAGACUGACAUUGAAUUUGAGAGAUGCUCCAUAGUAAGUCCGCCAUCUCAAAGGCACAUAUUUCACUGGCCAAAAGUUGAAACUACAACUAAAGAAAAAUGUAAAGAAACCUCAAAGUUUCAGAUGGAUUUUCUAGUUCCAGCUUUUCUUAAGAGAGAAAAAGAAGUCCCACCAACUCUUUUCCCCAAUCGCAGCCCUUGGUGCCACAGUCCCAAUGUGCCUCCACAUCCCUACUGUCCUCUGAUUACACCUCACGAUCCCAGCAUGUCUGAAAGCAGCUUAGACAGACAGCCCACGCCUCAGUCAGCCAGGCCUGAUCCAGCCCUGUUGGCUCCUAAAGGAAGUAUUGUAAGCCGUGCACUUACAUUUGCUCUAGCACAGUGUCUUUACUGUUCUUGA